UGACAUUUAUUGAUUUUUCUUUUAGUAUUUUUGAAAUCUAGAAAACUUAGAAAAGCACGAAAUAACAAAAUGGAACAUUGUCGAGAGGGACUAAAUUUUGUGCCUUUACUAACGCAAAGUGCAACACCACCCUGCAGUUGUAGAUCACGCAUAAGUCUCAACAAAGAACGAUCACAACGAUCUCUAAUUUGUUACAAUGGUAAUUACGAAGGUGAUAGCAGCAUGUUUAAAGAAAAACUUUACGAAUUGGAACAUUUAAGUUUAGUGGACACAGAAAGUGAUACCGACAUUCCAAAGGAACACACCGAACGUUCUUCAUUCAUGGCAAAACACAAUAAUGAAAGAUCAACUAUAGCUUGGCGUCUUUUACAAUUUUCUAUGCAGCAGUUUUUAAAACCCGAAAUAAGGGAAAAACUUUCUGAUAAAAUAGAAAAUUUCAUGAAAAGUUCUUUGUAUAAGAGAUUGUUGAAAUGGUGGACAUUUUUAUCACUAAUAUUUACCUAUAUUUUCUAUAUAACUUUAAUUUUAUGGAAACAUUUGUCCGUAUUAAGCAAUUUCUUUUGGAAGAAACGUGUUGUAUUUCGUAACUUAUUACGACGUUUACUGUGGUGGCUAACAUUGGCCAAAUGUAAUGAUCUAUCUUUAUUUAUAUUGAUAUUGAUCACUUCACCUGUUUUACUUAUUCUAUCGGUAUGUGGUCUGUUUAUAGCGCUUUUUAACGGUAUUAGAAAUAGUUUUCAUUAUUGGUCAUAUUAUAUGAACAAAAUUUAAUUGUUAAAAAAAAUUGAAGAGAAGUGAUCGUUUUAAUUAAAUUUAAUAAUAAAUCUCGGAAAUGCAUUUAAUAAAAACCAACAAAAAAAACAAAAGAAUUUUGUAAAAAAAUCAAAUGAGCAACAACAACAAGUACAAACAUUUCCGCCUGAAAUGAUAAUAAUGAUCAGACUCAUACACGUCAUUAUGAUCGUGCAGAUCAGUGGUGAAGUAAUGAUGCGCAUGAUUGUGAGGCUGUGUUACUGUAACUAAUCAUUAUUAGCAUUUCAACUGACCGAGCGAACGAACGAUCGUCCAACCACACACAAUUCUUCCAUCUACACAAUAAUAAAAUGCGUUCAAUUAUAUUAAACUCAAGUACCACAUUCCCCCAUUUUCCAAAAUAAAAAACAUACAAAAAAUUCAAGUAUAAUUCCCUGAAAUUGCGUAUGUGUGUGUGAGUUCGUUUUUCGAGUACCGUCUCGUUUUGUCUUGCAAUUUAGCGGAUUUUAUUAAUCAUAUAAAAUAUUAUUUGUAUAUUUUUUUAUAUUUUUCGCUUAAUUUGUACUUUUUUGUAUAUUAUAUAUGAAAUUAUAUGUGCAUUUUGAUAACAAUUGUUUAAAUAUACAUACUUCUCUUGAUAUCCAUUACUGUCA